CUACAGGGGAAGAAGCCGUCGGACAAGAGAAUCCCGCCACUGUACGGGUCAUAUCCGCCACGACACAAGACCACCGCCCCUGCGUCCCCUGGCCGUCGUGCUGCUGCCGCUGCUGCCGCGGACAUGUCCAUCCUCGCAGCACCAACGCACGCGGGUCGGGCGACAGCCACCACCCAAGACGGCAGCGCCGCGGCCAACCACAACGGCAGCACAAACGGGAGCGACAGCGGCUACCCUGCUGUAACCGCCACCACGCACGUUUCUGUGUAUUCGCCCAUGCCCUCAUCGUCACCCGCGCCAUCGUCGUCGACAUCAGCGGCAACGACAACAACACCAUCCCCAAUUGCACUUGUGACGCCCGUGCCAUUGCAGACAGCGCCCGCAACCGUCGCACCAGCCAUCACCUCCACCGCCACCGCCAUUCCAUCAACGACGACAACAGCAACAUCGUCACUCGGUGUUGGCCCCGCUGUACGGAGUAAGACGACGCCUGCAACGACACGCGGACGCACACGCACGUCACGCACUGCCAACAAGACAGAGCAGCGGACAACACCAACCACAACACCAACCACAACAGCAACAACAACAGCAACAACAGCAAAGUCUGCCAGGGCAGCAGCAGCAGCAAAGAAUGGCGCUGGUGGUGCUGGUGCUGGUGACAUGGCAAAGGAAGGAGAGGCAGAGAGCAAAGAGGGCAGGGACGGUGAUGAGGAAGUUGUGGACAACUCGGACAAUGCCUGCUCAACAUGCGGUCUUGGUGGCGAUCUCAUCUGCUGUGAGGCCUGCCCUCGCGUCUUCCACGCUUACUGCGCGAAUCCGCCCGUUGAUCUGGAGAACACGACGGAUGACAAGUGGUUCUGCCGCGUCUGUCGCCCGCCAUCGGACACGCCGCUUGGCCGUCGGGAGGGUGCCGCGACGAGCGGCGCGUAUCUCGCCAUUGUCAACGGCCUACACCGUGCCCCGCCCAUCCACUUCUACAUCCCAGACACCAUCCUCCAGUCUUUCCCCGCCGAGCUUCGAGCGAAAGUUGCGAUGAAUUCGUCGACGCGGCGCACGCGCAGGAAUAAUGUUCCACCACCCUCGGAUUUUGUCUGCUUCCGAUGCGUCCAACAAUGUCGCCCGGACAACAGCGCAAAGUGCUGCGAGUGCAACACGAUGUUCCACUACAACUGCGUCUCACCACCGCUGACACAUGUCGGCGCAACACAGCCCUGGCGCUGCCCGCUCCACCCGCCCGAGCGGCACAAUCGACGGUUUCAGCAGGCGAAGAUGGGGCUGCGCGACUUUGAGCCGUGGAUGUACACGCACGACGUCCCGCUCCACUUUCUCAGCAAAGUCGAGAACGAGCGAGCACUUCAGCAGAAGGCGACGAUUCAAGAACAGCAGGCGUUUCUUGAUUGCCUGUCGUCAAUGCACACGUCCACCGCUGUCCCCGCAACCAUCAUCACACACCCGCCACAAGACGACGAUGAGUCUUCAUCGCCAUCAUCAUCAUCUGCUGUCUCUCUCAUGCCGAUUGGCCGCGCGCUGACGGGCGAUGUUGGCGCCAUGUCGGACGGCGAGCGUGCAGCGUGCAUCGAGAGCCUUCGUCGCGUUGUGUUUCGGCAGGCGUCGAUGGGCCGUGGCGCCGGAUUCCACAUCCAGCCGCAUCAGGAGGCGUAUCUGAUUGAUGCUGAGUCAUGCGUAGCGGACGCACGCGCCCUUGCGCAGCUCGUCAGCCUUCCUUCCAGCGAGGAAACAACCGGGCCAUCCCUGCGACUGACAUCAACAGGCGAACGAGUUGCUCUCCCCGAAAAGAACGAGAUUAAGGUCGGCUUUGAUGACACGUGCGACAUCAACUUGGCGAAAUAUGUGAUCAUUGACACGCCCAUUGCUCAGAACACGCACGCGCUCCUCACCUUCGACCCGGCUCUGAGGCAGCACACGUUGUUCGCGCCACCAUCGGCAACCUCGACAACAGCACCGCCAUCAUCAACGCCAUCAACAACGCCACCAGUUGCGGAGCGCAUUAUGGUUCGCUGCGGCCCGAGAAAGAGCUUUGAACCCAUCCCUACAACAGGACACGCACUUGCGAGUGGCGAUAUCAUUGCUGUUGCUGGCGUCUGCUUUGUGUACACCACGCCCGCGGCACCCGCAUAG